AAUAAUAAUAAAUAAAUAAAUAAAUAAAUAAAUGGAGUACAAAUAAAAUUUCUUAAAUCGAAUACUAUACCGUUUUAAGACUUAUGAUUUAUGAAUAGUCCAAUUGCGAAAGUUAGUCGUCAUCUUCAGAGAAAGAGUAGAUUCAGUCUUUUCAAUCCGAUCUAGACACAGACAGAGAGAGAGAGAGUACUAAGAGAAUGGCGUCUUUCGACUCGUUCAGCAACGAUGGAGAAGACCAGACCCACCAACACCCACCCACCACAGCCGGACCCUUCGAUGACGACAGCUACAUGAGCUACGACUCGUCGUUUAACCCACCUAACGACGACUUUUCCCACAACGACCCACUUCCGCAAGACGACGACGUCUCCGACCACGGCUACGGCUUCGGUAUGCCUUCCUCCAACCCCGACUUCUCAUCGCCCUUCGAAUCUGCCAUGCCCGUCUCCAAUGGCAACGGCGACGAUCAUGACGACAUUUUCGCUCCAGAGGAUGGCCCCGUUCUGCCUCCUCCGGAAGAGAUGCACGAGGAAGGCUUCGCUCGCCGCGAAUGGCGCCGUCUAAAUGCCAUCCAUCUGGAGGAAAAGGAGAAAAGAGAGAAGGAAAUGAGGAAUCAGAUCAUUGAGGAAGCUGAGGAGUAUAAAAGAUCUUUUUAUGAGAAAAGAAAGACCACUUGUGAAACUAACAAGGCUAACAACAGAGAAAGAGAGAAGCUGUACUUAGCGAACCAAGAAAAGUUCCACAAAGAAGCUGACAAACAUUACUGGAAAGCAAUAGCAGAAAUCAUUCCCCGGGAAGUACCUAAUAUCGAGAAGAAGAGAGGGAAGAAGGAUGCAGAUAAGAAACCUUCAGUGGUGGUAGUUCAAGGACCUAAACCUGGUAAGCCAACUGAUCUUUCGAGGAUGCGCAAUAUUCUCUUAAAGCUUAAACAGAAGCCACCACCUCAUAUGAUGCCUCCUCCACCUGCACCCGCACCUGCCAAAGACGGAAAGGAUGGCAAGGAAGGGAAGGAUGACAAAAAUGGGAAAAAGGCUGAACCAACUGCUGCUGGGUCUACUUCAGAAAAAUCUAAUGAUGCUCCUGCUAAUGGUACUACAGACACAUCAAAAUCAGAAGCUUCUGCCCCAGAUGAUGAUGAGAAAGCUGCAGUAACGGAGCCAAUCAUUGUGGAGUGAUAAGACCACAUAUUUUGUUUUUGUUUUUUGUUCCUUCUAUUUGUUAUUAUUGUUACUAUUUUGUUAUUAUUACAUGUCUCUCAUGAUCAUUUUAAAAUAACGAUAUUCUCAGCUUAUUCAUUUCGAAGAAUAAGCACAGGCAAUCUGUAGACUGGUCUGGAGUCUCGGAAUGGCUGUGCAUACCUUCUUCCUAAUUUGGCUAUAGGAUUCUUUUAGUAAGAAAGGACUUUGCUGGCCAUCUUACACAUAUUUUAACAAUCUUUACUUGGUAUUAUUAUAUUUACAAUUUCGCCAUAUAUUAGAGGUA